AUGGUCUUUCUGCCAUCUGGCCUCUUUUCCUGUUUUAAACCGAGAUUACAGACUGACACAAGUCAGAACGGCCUGACAAAACGCUUCAGGCAGGAUUCAUGUGUAUUCUGCGAUGUUUCUAUCGAAAAAGGCUUCCAAAUUGCAUAUGAGGAUGAACAUUAUGUCGCCUUUCAAGAUAGAAGGCCUGCGAGUCGGCAUCAUUUCCUCGUCAUUCCGAAGGAACAUGUCGAAAGUGUCCGAUCGUUACGAGGCCCAGAUGUUGAAAUGGUUAAAGACAUGGAGAACAUCGGGAACACCGUUCUUAGCAAGCUAGAUGUCCCCAUUACGAUGCGCAAAAUGGGCUUUCACAUACCGCCGUUCAACUCGGUUGACCACCUGCAUUUGCAUGUGCAGGGUCUUCCGUAUCUCUCCAGUCGCCGAGCCGCGAAGUACCCAAUCAGCAUGGGCAACAGGGAUUACUCGAAGGGUUUGAGUUGGUUCGCGGAGGUGUCGCAGGUUGUAUGUAUCCUGCAGCAAGGAAAACGCGUCGGUGUUAUGCCUUGCUAA